AGUUUGUACAGUGGAAAAUGUUCCAUCCAGUGCAGGAAAAACAAUCAAACUGACUGUGUUGAACAGUCGGGGGGACACAACGGAGACGCGACCGGAGAUUACGCACAGCUUUACUUGUGUGAUGUGUCUCUCGAUCGGCAACGGAUAUCCUAUAACCUACAUAUGCCUACAGAUACAGUAGCCUACAUCCACAUCUGGAUUAUUCAUCAUUUGGGAGGCUGAUUGACUGUUUCCUGUGGACAACCCGAAACAUGUCUCAUUCUUUAAAUACUUGAGAAGUGACGACAACUUUCCUCUUUUCGGACUUCACCAUACUAAUCACCGAAGAUAAGAAAUGUGGUGGCUUCAUACAAAUUAAUAAAAGGAUAUUACCGGAUUUAACAAUGCAAACAGAUCGAUUUCCUGAUUAGGAUUUGCAGUUUGAAGCACCAGGCAGUUUGGAGUCCCUGCAGCGGGGGGAUACAAAGCAAUGUUAUCUGCGGAGAUGCUCUGUUUGCUGAGGUUCGUGUCCGCGGAUGUUGCAGUUGGGUCGGGCUGCACACGGUGCCUUUGGGUGGCUGUGAUUGGACCGGACACAGACUGGGGCUGACUGAUGUUUGUCCGAGAGGAAAUGUUUUGGGGAGGAGAUCAAAAUGAGCUACUGGCGCAUGCGAGGAGGGGGAAGAUUGCCAGUCUUCACGAGCAAACGUAGCCUAUUACUAUGAGGACGGAGGAAACGCAUUUUUUCUCUUGGAUUUCAAUUCAAAACAGACCGCAAAUAACUUCUUACCAUCAGAUGUUUAUGUAUAAUUAAUGUGAUGCGUUUUGUUGCCUUUGCAAACUGUUACAAGACUGUUACAAGUUUAUAUUGCUAGUGUUUGUCCUUUCACUAAAGUUUUUGUUUUCUUCCUCUUUUUAACUAUCAUGCAUGGGACUUUCAUAAUGCAUAAUUUGUCUUAUAAAAUACAAUUUUUUGAACUCUUGAGCUUCUCCUGAAAAACAUAUCUCACAUGGACCUUUACUCAUAAAUAUCAACUGGAAUUAUGGAACAUUGCAGCAAACAUUUUUAAGGAAAAAAAGAAUCUGUUGCCUAAAUUUUGAAUGCAGUGAAAUGUAUUCACAAAUGCCAGGCAACAUGGCAGUAAACUGGGUUGUAUAUUCAGUUUUUUUACUACCGCUGUUUGCAGUGGGGACAGCUUUCUCUGGGGUCUUCAACGCCACAGACAGAGACAUUUAUACAGAUGACUUGCUGCAGGUCAGGUUCACACAAGACAGAGCGACUGAGCAAUGGAAACUCCGGUCUACUGAUUCCCAUCCAAACCUAUAUUUUAACCAAGUGGAUGUGUUGCACUUGAGGCAAAGGUCCUCCACCACCCACAGUCACAUAUUUAAAGUCAUCCGGGCGGCUGCGCUCACCAUGCUGUCUAACGUCCCCUUUUACAUGCCCCCUGUGAAACAUGCAGAGUUUACAAGCAAGUGGAAUGAGAUUUAUGGAAACAACCUGCCUCCCCUGGCUCUCUACUGCCUGUUAUGCCCAGAGGACUCUGCUGCCCUGCAGUUUCUUAUCAAGUUUAUGGAUAGGAUGACUGAAUAUCCAGACUGGAAGGUGACCAGUGCCCCUAACGACGAGGUCCCCAUGGCACACUCUCUCACUGGGUUUGCCACUGCUUAUGACUUCAUUUACUCCUACCUGGAUGAGCAGCGAAGGGAUGUUUACCUCAAGAAAAUUCGCUCUGAGACAGAUGAGUUGUAUGAGCUCUCAAAGUACAGGGGGUGGGGGAAACAGUAUCUCCAAAAUCAUCAAACCACUAACAUAUUAGCUGUCCUGACUGGUGCCAUAGUGGUUGGAUCACACGACGACCCAGAGUCAAUGAUCUGGAAACAAGUGGCAGUGAACUACAUGGAGAAAACUAUGUUUCUCCUAAACCAUGUUGUUGAUGGAUCUCUGGAUGAGGGUGUAGCCUAUGGGAGCUACACAGCCAAGUCCAUCACACAGUAUGUCUUCUUAGCUCAGCGCCAUUUCAACAUUGACAACUUGCAAAACAAUUGGCUGCGGGGACACUUCUGGUUUUAUUAUGCCACUCUGCUGCCGGGAUUUCAGAGAACAGUAGGCAUAGCAGACUCCAACUACAACUGGUUUUAUGGGCCAGAGAGCCAGCUUGUUUUCCUCGACACAUUCAUCAUGAGGAACGGGACGGGUAACUGGCUGGCUCAACAGAUUCGAAAGCACCGACCCAAGGAUGGUCCCAUGGGGCAGUCGUCUGCCCAGCGCUGGGCUACCCUUCACACAGAAUACAUCUGGUACAACGCCCACCUCACGCCGCAGCCUCCCCACGACUUUGGAAUAGCUAGGAUGCAUAUUUUCUCAAAUUGGGGUGUGGUUACCUACGGAGCAGGGCUACCAAAUGGCCAGGGUAAUACUUUUGUCUCCUUCAAGUCUGGCAAGCUGGGGGGCCGUGCAGUCUAUGAUAUUGUACAUGACAAGCCUUACUCCUGGGUGGAGGGCUGGAACAGCUUUAACCCAGGUCACGAACACCCUGAUCAAAACUCUUUCACAUUUGCUCCAAAUGGACAAGUAUUUGUGUCUGAAGCACUUUAUGGUCCAAAGUACAGCUACCUUAACAAUGUGUUAGUGUUCGGUCCGUCUCCUACCAGCCAGUGUAACAGUCCAUGGGAGGGUCAAUUGGGGGAAUGCGCUAAGUGGCUGCGUUGGACUGAUGAGGGGGUGGGUGAUGCAAGAGGGGAGGUGAUUGUCGCCUCCUCACACAGGGACACCAUGUUUGUGAGUGGGGAAGCGGCGUUGGCUUAUUCCCCCGCUAUGAGAUUAAAGAGUGUGUACAGAGCUUUAGUUCUGCUAAACUCACAGACUCUGCUGGUGCUUGACCACGUAGAGAAGUGGAGUGAUUCACCUGUUAAGUCCCUCAGUGCUUUUUUCCACAAUCUUGACAUUGAUUUUAAAUACGUCCCUUUCAGAUUCAUGGACAGAUAUAAUGGCGCCAUGAUGGAUGUGUGGGAUGCUCAUUAUAAAAUGUUCUGGUUCGACAGCGAGGGUCACAGCCCUGAUACCAGGAUACAAGAGGCAGAGCAGGCAGCUGAGUUUAAAAAGAGGUGGACCCAAUAUGUCAAUGUCACUUUCCCAAUGACAGGGACAGUCAGCAGAGUCGCUUAUGUCUUGCAUGGGCCAUAUGUCAAAGUGUCCAGCUGUAGAUUUACGGAUAGUAGCAAAAAUGGUGUGAGACUUUCUUUAACCAUAAAUAACACAGAGAAGAUAGUCUCUAUUGCUACAAACUACAAAGACAUAGGAGCAAGGUUGACUUAUUUAGGAUUCGGAGGUCACUGUAAAGUUGAGGAUGGAUACCAAAUCACUCGAUAUGGCCUUGGGACUCAACUCAUCCCCAAACAAAUAAGCAGUGAUAAUCAGCUGUUUGACUUUGGUUUCACAGUCAACGUGAUAGCGGGGGUUGUUCUGUGUGUGGCCAUAGGAUUUUUGACCAUGCAGAGAAAGUUUUAUGUCUGCUUCAGCCGGCUGAUGCGUUACGCCCUUCUCUCUGUGCUCAUCCUGUGGAUAGCCGAGCUUCUGUUUGUGUCCAACAGCUGCAAUGAGCUUCUCUGUGGGGUAAAAUGGAAAGUUGCGGGUGCCAAAAGCGAAGUAAACAAACAAAUCAGACUGUAUGAGCAGCACCGACUCCCCCUGCCCACCGUUGUCAUAACAACCCUUCCUGGAUCGGGAUCGGAAAUACUCAAGCACCUUUUCUACAACAACUCGGACUUUGUUUACAUCAGAGUUCCCACCGAGCAUGUUGACAUUCCCGAGACCGAGUUUGAGUUUGACUCCGUGGUCGACGCCUGUGAGUGGUCAAGGUCAGACGCCAUUCACGGACGGUUUAAGAUUAUUCAGGGCUGGCUUCAUUCGCUGGUCCACAACACCAAGCUGCACUUGCAGAAUAUUCAGCUGGUAGAGGGCAGCUGGUUCAAACAGACCCAGAGAGUCAGCCCUUCUAGGGACAGAAAGAAAAGAUCCAGAAGGAGAGAGCCGGUGUCUGAGUUGAAGGGCAAGCUUAAAGUAAGUCUGGCCAGGGAUGCAGAGUACGUUAGGGAGAUAAGACGCCAUGUUGUGGAGUACCCUAACGCCCGGGUGGUCCUCAACAUGCAAAGCGGAAGCUGGCCGCUCAAGCUGCCUUUCAUUCAGGAGGUUGUGGGAUCUUCCCUCAGGACAAUCUACAUGGUGAGAGACCCUCGAGCGUGGAUUUAUCUCAUGGUUUAUAACAGCAAACCCAGCCUUUACUCCCUUAAAAAUAUACCGCAGCACCUUUCCUUGAUAUUCAAGGAGGAUACUGUCAGUAACGGGUGCCCAACUGCAGCGCCAGAGUUUAAAAUAAUCCAGAGGCUGCUGUCCCGUUCUGAGACAAACCCCAUCCUGAUACUGGCUCAUCUGUGGCUGGCUCACACCGCAGCGGUGCUGAGAGUCAGCAAGAGCGUCCCAGAGGAGUCCUACCUCCGAGUGAGGUUUGAGGACGUGGUCAACUUCCCGCAGGAGACAGCGGAGAGCAUACACACAUUUCUGGGGGUGCCCGUCUCACCCGCAGCCCUCAACCAACUUCAAUUCACGACAUCCACAAACCUGUACAAUCUAAUGUACGAAGGAGACAUUUCACCAGCCAACAUUAACAUGUGGAGACAAAAUAUGCCUCGAAAGGACAUCAGACUAAUAGAGGACGUGUGUGGGAUUGUGAUGAGGAGGCUGGGUUACACAAGGUUUGCCAGUUAACUUGCUGCUGCUGGUCAGCUGAUAUUGAGCUUGAGUCUUGUUUACUGCUGCCAUUGAGUUCUGUAAACUUUUUUUUUUUUGCACUGAACUUAAAGAAACUGGGUAGCAUGUUUGUCUUUUUCCUGUUUGUUUUGUUUGUUUUUGACUGCAGCAACAGAUGUUCGUGAGGGAGGAAUAUUUUACAUUCAAAUAGGUGGAAAGGCAGCUCAUGUUCUUCUUCCCCCCCCAGCAGCUUUUCAUUCACAUUCACUUGUAGCAGUCUUUUAUUGAGUGAGACUUCAGACCAUUGCUGUCUUACAUGCAGAAUUGCAUUUCAGCACACAUUUUAUUUUAUUGCAGCAUGCAACAGCACAGUUUUAUAGUGAUGAUUGUUAACUGUUUGUCUUAGUGAAAGAUGAGGAAAUUAGAGUUUUUUCCAAUCCCUAAUCUGUAAUGUCAGAAAAACGCUUGUGCAAAAUUCACUUCUGUUCAUACUGGCAUUCAUUGUUGUUGAAUGUUGGAUCAAGACGUAUUUACUGGUUUAAAACAGAUACGUUAUGAAGCUUAUUAAGAAGUAAGACUUGUAUUUAUUGACUUGUCUCCUAAUUUGAAGCUUUAGAGAGAGUUUUCAUAGACUAAUUUGGCUGUCAUUUGGCCAAACUUUUUUCCCCUUUAAAACUAAAAUAAUGCUGCAAUAUAUAAACUCUUUAGGAAAGCAGAAACAAGUGCAUUAGAUUAUAGACAUGUGAAUGGUAUGGAUUGUAUUUCCAUUACAUUGAUAGAGAGAUUUUAUUUGAAGCUCAAAGAUGUUACGGUGGCUUAUCACUUUUGCAGGGACUCCUUUGAUUGUAUGUGGGAUUCAGUGCAUUUUACACAGCUAGCUUUACUCUAUGUACUCGAUUAGCUUGGAAAUAUAAAACCUCUGAAGAAAUUAUGUGUAGAAGAAAGAAAGUUAGAAGUAUUUAUGGGUUCCAAAGACACAUAUCCCAAAGGAUCAGGAAUAUGAAUAUGGUUAUUAUAACUCCCUUUGGCAAUUAUUGAAUUAGAUUAGAGGAAAGUGCUUAAUAGGGAUCAAACUAAAAAAAACAACAACCUGUCAGCCUUGACACAUUUUUAGUCAUAGCAAUUUCCAAAGCAUCCCCCUCAGCUACUCAUAUUAAUCUGCAAAAUACCAUAACUCAGGCUCACCCUGUGCUUUAUUGUUGUGCUGUUUUCACUAUAAAGGCCUGGAGGAAAUGCAGUUUUCAUUUUCUGGUCAAUCAGAUAUCCAAUGAUCUUUUGGGGGCUUUUGUCUUGUUAGAGUUCAGCGAGCAGUGGACUGAGCAGGCGAUGAAUAUUAAGUACAGCUAAAGAAGAAAACAGAAAAUGUCUGAGACUGUUUCUACUCUGUGAUGUUAUGCUCUUUGGCCUGGGCCAAAAUAUACGCUCCUCAGUAACCUUUGAUAUUGCUUGCUGAAACAUUUCUGUACUGUAAAUGGAUCACAUGUAACAUGCAGAUGGUUUACUCAAUUAGCAACUGUCCUCAAGCAUCCAUGCACAAAGGAAAAUCAUACUGUGCCCAUUUGGAAAUAUCCAUCCUUCCUCAGCUAGAAACAGUCCUGUUUGUUUUCUUCUCUCCCAACACUGAAACCCUUGACUGCCUGAAAAAAACCUUGUUUGAUGUUUGUGGUCUUUGAAUGUGUAGACUUGGCAGACAUGGUUUCACUUUGGUGUUGCAAUCCUGUUAACAACUCUGUUUUGUAUUUGCUCGUGGGGAUAUGGUUCCUUGCUUCUGUGGCCUUGAAUUACAAUCAUUUUCUUCAUAACGGUUUUCUGUGGGCUCUGGAGCAAGAGGUGCCGAUAAUGUAAAGAAAAUAAUAAAUUCAUAAAUAUAUCG